AUGACCGCCAGGCCAAUUUCUGGUAUCAGUGUGGAUUUGAUAACCGAUGCUGAGACCGAAUAUGGCACCUUUGCCGGUAAAUGGGCUAUUAUGGAAUCGAGUCUUUCCAUGAGGGCACCAGCAGUAUCAAUGACUGGCACCUCUUGUUCCUGGUACCUGAGGCAUCUCACUGCAACACCAAAAACCUCCAGCCCAGCGCUCCCUAUCCACAGACUAGUUAGUCUUGGGUCGCUGAUUGACUGGGUGAAGAAGAGCGAGAAGCCCAUCACUCUCAACUCCACUAUCCUAACUGGAGAGUGCAGAGGUGAGCAACAGUAG